UAAGGGGGCCUAAACAGAUAAACAAACUAAAGCGAAUUGUUUCUACAUCAUAUGCUUUUGACGUAAGCCACUAGCGCGGGAGUUCUUCGUCAUUCAGUCCUUCUUUUUGCAGCGUUCUGAGUUUUAUGGUUCCGACCACUUCGAUUUGCAUCUUUAUAACGUACCAGCAUGGCACCUAAAAUGAGAACCCGUGGAACCACAAGAACACUACAAUCCAGUAACGAUGAAGAGACAAAAACUAAUGCCCACAGUGAGGACUCCCCAUUGGAGGUUGGUCAGGCAGUCAGGGGGAAGAGGAAAGGUUCCGGAAAGACUGGAAAACAGGAGAGUUCAAAGGCAAAAAAAUCACCUGAACGACCACAGUAUUGUCACUGGCUGAUGAAGUCAGAGCCAGAGAGCCGCUUGGAAAAUGGCAUAGAUGUCAAGUUUGGGAUCGAAGAUCUGAAGACUCUUCCCAACCAAACUGGGUGUUGGGAUGGUGUUCGGAACUACCAAGCCCGUAACUUCAUGCGAGACAUGAAAGAGGGGCAGCAUGCAUUCUUCUACCACAGCAACUGCAAGGAGCCUGGAAUAGCUGGAGUUAUGAAGAUUGUAAAGGAGUCCUAUGUGGACCACACUCAGUUUGACAAGAAAGAUGUCCAUUACGACGCCUCCAGCAAGGCAGACAACCCCAAAUGGAGUAUGGUUGAUGUCCAGUUUGAGAGGAUGUUGAAGCGCUUCAUUCCUCUGUCUGAGUUGAAGAAGAUCCACCUGCAGCACAAGGUCAAAGGCGGGUCCCUGAAUGGCAUGGCUCUCUUCACCAGGGCCAGGCUGUCUGUCCAGCCCCUCACCACUGAGGAAUUUGAAUUUGUCCUGAGUUUGGAGGACAAUGACCCACUGUGAAGAUUUUGACAAGAUGACCUGGAGAGAAGUUUUCCUGUCUUGUGUAUGAUGAUGCUGCUGCUAAUAUGUUUACUGUAGGUGAGAUCUAUUGAACCAUUAUGCUUGUAUUACAUGGAAAUUUUCUCAAGGUUUCUGUGUUUGUCAAGAGACAGCCUGGAGUUUAUUUUUAAUAUUAAAGAGGUAUUAUUGACAGUU